UAAGCUUCGCUUUACUACGCAUGUGCAGUAUUGUAACAAGUGGCGCCCUCACUCGCUUUCACGCUGUUGUGGUAACUGACAGAACGGAAACUCGUUCAUUGCGUCCGUAGAUUUCGUCUUGUUCCUUAAAUUCAAUAACGAGUCCCUACGCUCACCAAGAUGGGUAGGGAGGACAAGGCAACCUGGAAGUCUAACUACUUCAGCAAACUCAUUCAACUUCUUGAAGAUUACCCCAAGUGUUUCGUUGUGGGCGCUGACAAUGUCGGUUCGAAGCAAAUGCAGCAGAUCCGCAUGUCCCUUCGAGGUAGCGCCGUCGUACUCAUGGGUAAAAACACCAUGAUGCGCAAGGCCAUCAAGGGACAUCUGGAGCGCAACAACUCCCUGGAGAAGUUGCUCCCGCACAUCAAGGGAAACGUCGGUUUCGUCUUCACCCGCGGCGAUCUCGUCGAGGUGCGCGACAAGCUGAUCGAGAACAAAGUCCGUGCUCCGGCUCGUCCGGGUGCGAUCGCCCCUCUGUCCGUCAUCAUCCCGGCACAGAACACCGGUCUAGGUCCGGAGAAAACCUCUUUCUUCCAGGCUCUGUCCAUCCCGACCAAGAUUUCCAAGGGUACAAUUGAAAUCAUCAACGAUGUGCACAUCUUGAAGCCUGGCGACAAGGUGGGCGCUUCCGAAGCUACCCUCUUGAACAUGUUGAACAUCUCUCCGUUCUCGUACGGUCUGCUCGUCGAGCAGGUCUACGACUCUGGCACCAUCUUCGCGCCAGAAAUCCUGGACAUCAAGCCUGAAGAUCUGAGGGCUAAGUUCAUGGCUGGUGUUGCCAACUUGGCUUCGGUUUGUUUGAGUAUUAACUACCCAACUGCCGCUUCAGCACCGCACAGCAUUGCCAACGGUUUCAAGAACUUGUUGGCUAUUGCUGCUGUUACUGAUGUUGAGUUCAAGGAAGCAGAGACCAUCAAGGAGUACAUUAAGGAUCCUAGCAAGUUCGCGGCUGCCGCUCCGGCUGCGUCCGCACCUGCUGCUUCUGCUGCUCCUGCUAAGAAGGAGGAGAAGAAGGAAGAAUCCGAGGAAGAGGAUGACGACAUGGGCUUCGGCUUGUUCGACUAAACUCUGAGCGCUGCUUUGCAGACGACCAGACUGUCACAAUGUCAACAGUAACAUGAAAGUAAACUUCAAAGUUGAAGAAA